AUGUCAACGAAUGACGAGGACGAUCGUGAGGUGACGAAACGACUUUCUGCUCCCUAUUUGAGUAAUGUAUCUUUACGAUUGUUCACGCCUCUUGUCGAGCGUUUCUCUUUCAUUUCGUCGCUCCUUUUCUGGAAUUCUGGCGUUGGGAAUUUGAGGAAUAGGACUUUUGAAGAUGAUGUAACCAUGAUUCCGUUGCCUUUGCCAAAGGAAUUGUUUGAAAUUGAGGAGGAAAAGAAUGUGGUCGGACUUGAAAUUUUCAGACAAGGAAAGGAAAAAAAUCAUUCAUUUUCGGAACAUUCGAGCUAUUUUAGCGCGUUAGAUUUCCACGAGGCCUAUCUUUCCAAGAAGCUUACUCCUUUAAAAGUUUGUGAAUCCCUGAUCCUUAAAAUUCAAGAAUCUCAUUCGGGCAAUUCAUCUCUUGACUGCAUCUGCAUGUAUAAUCAAGAUGAUAUCAUUGCGCAAGCUACAGCUUCAACUGCCAGAUACGAACAAAAUCUAGCAUGGGGACCUCUCGAUGGUGUUCCUAUUGCAGUUAAGGAUGAAGUCGAUGUGAAAGGUUAUGAAACUCGAGCAGGUACAAAAUAUAUAAAUCUCAACAAUCCCGCCCAGAAAGAUUCGUUUGCUGUUAAGAAAUUAAAAGAUAAAGGUGCCAUUAUAAUCGGGAAAACGAGCAUGCACGAAAUUGGAUUGGAUAUUACAGGUAACAAUCCGAAUUUUUUAACACCUCGCAAUCCGUACAAUGUUGAACAUUAUUCCGGUGGAUCGAGCGGUGGCAGCGGAUGUGUCGUUGCUGCUGGAUUAUGUCCAAUUGCCAUCGGGUGUGAUGGUGGUGGUUCAAUAAGAGUUCCAUCGGCAUUUUGCGGAAUUUACGGAUUAAAAACCACAUGUGGAAGAGUAUCCGCUACUGGAAAAUGCGUUGGUGGGCCUAUGGCGUCAAGUGCUGAAGAUCUUGCAAUGUCGUAUUACGUUAUGGCUGGAAAAGAUCCAGAGGAUCCAAAAACAUUUCAUCAACCUUCACCUACGCUUCACGGCCUUUAUUCAACUGAUGAUCUAUCCGAUCUAAAAAUUGGAGUUUUUUCUGCGUGGAAUAAGCAGGUGACUAAUCCUGCCAUUUCAGAAGCGGUCAAGACAUUUACUGAGGCAUUUAAACUCCGAGGGGCAGAGAUUGUGGAAAUUGAAAUUCCGGAGUUGGAAGAAGCGAGGCUUGCUCACGUGAUUUCAAUUGGUGCCGAACACAAUGCUGCAAUAAGCAAGUACAAUGGUAAUCAUUUGCUUACUCAUCCAAAUCGGAUUUUACUUUCGGUAACAUCCAACAUAACUGUUUCGGAUUAUAUGCAAGCUCAGCAAGUUCGUAAUCGUGCAAUGCGAAAUCUUUCUAAAGUGUUUUCGCAAGUUAACCUCAUAUUAACACCAACUACUGCAAUAACGGCGCCAAAAAUCCGUCCAAGUGCAUUAAAAUAUGGAGAAGUUGAUUCAUUGACUACAUCAGACGGUAUGAGAUUUAUGCAAUUGUCGAAUUUUACUGGCAUACCAGCGGUGUCGGUACCAGCAGGGUAUGAUGAUAAUCAAUUGCCGAUUGGAUUACAUUUUAUGGCCAAAUGGUAUGACGAGGCAACUUUACUAAGAAUGGCUAAAGCUUCGGAAGAAAUUCUUGGAAGUAAAAGAAAACGACCCGAUAAAUUUUGGUUUGGGAAUUGGCUGUAA